AUGAACCCCAAUCUUCCGGGUGUCAAGGAGGUGCGCCGGAUACGCGGCCGUCUCAGCCUGGUCCUGGAGGACACGGAAUUUGGCAAGGUGUACGACCAGACCGUGAUCCUGCGCCUGGCGCAGUACCUGAAGCCUCACUGGAAGAUGACCCUGGUGAGCCUGGUGGCGAUGCUGCUGUACAUCGGCACGCAGAUAGCGGUGCCCGUGCUGGUGGGGGAGGCCAUCGACCGGUACUUGCGGGAUCCCGACCUCUCCGUGCCGGAGCGGGUGUCAGGGCUGCACGGGAUUGGCUUGAUGUUCGCCGGGGUAGUCGUCCUCAACCUGGUGGGGAACUUCAUCCACCUGCGCGGUCUGGCCAGGGUCAACAUGUCGGUGCUGUACAAGCUGCGCAGCGACAUGCACGCCCACCUCCAGCGACUCUCCACCCAAUUCUUCGACCACAACGAGGUGGGAAGGCUGAUGAGCCGCGUCCAGAACGACACCACGGCCCUCCAAGAGUUCAUGACCAUAUUUGUGGUGGGCUUCGCUGAGGUGCUGAGUCUGAUCUUGAUCGUUCUGGUAAUGAUGAACCGGAACAUGGACCUGGCCCUGCUCUGCUUUAUUGUCAUGCCCGUUUUCGUGGUCAUAAUGAUCUUCUGGCAGAUCCGCGCUCGGCGAGCCUUCAUGCGCAUUCGCUACGCCAUUUCCGGCGUGAACGCCAGCCUCCAGGAGAACAUAACCGGCGUGCGAGUCACCCAGAGCAUGAACAGGGAGAAGGUCAACCUGUCCCAGUUCGACGAGCUGAACGCCGAGCACCUGGACGCCAACCUCUACGCCAGCAAACUCACCGCCGGCCUGAUGCCAACCGUGGAGGUGCUCACAGCCGUCGCCUUCGGAAUCCUGAUAGUGGUCGGUGGCAGGAUGGAGCAGACCGGCUCCCUGGAGCUUGGUACGAUGGUGACCUUCGCCCUGCUGGUGCAGCGGUUCUUCGAGCCCAUCCGCGCCCUGGUUAUGCAGUACGCCAUGAUGCAGAGGGCCAUGACGGCGGGUAUGCGCAUAUUCGAGCUACUGGACGUGCAGCCGGACCUGGUGGACAAGCCGGACGCCCAGGCGCUUCCUCCCAUCCGGGGGAUGUGA